AUGGACGCUGCUCCUGCAUCCCCUCAAGCGCCCGCCGUCGAGGCUGUCGAAGCCUCACCGGCCAAGGCCGCUGCUGCUCCCGCAGAGACACCAGAGGAGGCAAAAGUUGAGAAGAAGGAAAAGUCCCCCAAAGACUUGGCCAAGCUGGCCCAACGGUUCAGCGGCCGCUUGUUCGGCGCUGUUGGCGAGAAGAAGAAAGAGGCCGAAUCGGCAGCCCCCGCUGAGCCCGCGCCCGUCUCCGACGCCGCCCCGCAGAUUCCUGCCAACACUACGCCCGAGGUCUUCAUCGCGAUAGAGACCGAGCUCUUGGAAAACAAGCCGAGCUUCUCGAACAACGCUGCUUUCAGAGCAGCUCUGCACGACAAGAUCGGCCAGGAGGUUGUCCAAGGGUUACUUGGCCUCUGA